AUUUAGCUAGCAUUAGGAUGACAGGUUACCUGACAGAACUGUAGACAGGAAGUUAGCUGUUUUUGAGGGUGGACACAUGUUUUGUUUUCAUUGAGACAUGCCCUUGAAUGCCUUGUCAGUCCUGCUGGUGUAAUAUUAGGUCAACAGUAACAGCGCCACCAUGGGGUUCCUACUGUCCAAAUCCAUGGAUGCAAACUUCAAAAAGCAGCAAGAAUUCAUGCUCCACAAUUCACGGCUGCAGAUGGAGCGUCAGAUCUUGAUGCAGAACCAGAUGAGAGAGAGACAGAUGGCUAUGCAGAUUGCCUGGUCCAGAGAGUUCCUCAAUUACUUUGGGGCUUUCUUUGCACUGACUACAGUUGGACUCACUGCAGGGGCUAUUAAAAGAAAGAGACCUUUCCUGUUGGCUCCCAUCGUUCCUCUCAGCUUUAUAUUUGCCUACCAGAUGGACAGCGCCUAUGGGACGCUUAUUUAUCGCAUGAGAGGGGAGGCUGAGACUAUCAUGACGUCUGAACAUGAGCGUCUGGACUUGCCUCAUGGGACUCCAACUUUCGAUAGCAUAGAGAAAGCCCGCCGUGCUCGAAGCAGCCUCGCCUCCUUCUUGGAGAAAUAACGUGUUGGUUAUUUGAGAGAAAAUCAUAACCGUCCAGUCGAUGCAUUCACCCAUUCUGCUUUUGCUUAAAAAAAAACAAAAAACGGCCAAUUACCUACUGCCUAUUUGACAUCAUUAAGUCUAUGGUUUGCACUAAUUUUAUGUCAUGGACCUUGAGUCAAAUCAGUCUCAAUAUUAAUAAGUAGAAAAUAAUGUUGUUCUUGUGGUUAUUGUUAAAACAUCAGUAGCUAAACGUAUAGUAAAGCCAAAAAAAAAAACUUAUAUCGAUAAGAGAUGCAGUGUCGGUACUGAAGUAUAUCAUGGAAUAAAUAUGUUACAUGAAUAUUUGCAUCAAUUACAUUCAACCAUUGUAAAGUACCUCAGUCAGAGACUACAGCUGUGUCCUAAAUCCAGACUCCAUACUAAUUCUAUACAGUAUGCACUGCACACUAAGCUGUAAGUUUUACCAGUUAGCAUACAGAAGUAUCAACAUCAUCAGACCGCUGUUUCUCUUCAAAGCAACCAGACUCCAUUAACAAAAACAGUAAUGUAAAGUUUCAGACACUGCAGCUGCUGGUCUACCACCUCAACCAAAUAUUAAAAGAUUGAAUACUUACUUUUGUCGUCCAAGAAUUUGAGCUGUUUCAGCAUCAUGCACAUUUUUUUAACCAGGUGGUUCAGCUUUCUUUCCUUUUGCCAUUGCAUUGUGGGAAUAGUGUGUACCAUAAUCACACUUAAGCGUAUUUACUAUGCAUGCUGUCUGGUUUAUCUUAAGUUGUCACUUUUCCAGUCUGGACAUAGUUAAAGGUAGCUUAUCCUCAGUAUGUGGUUUAAAACUGAGACCCUGCGUAUAUCUCAAAAAGUGUUUUAUAGCUGUUAAUCAUUUACUUAAUAAAAGCUGCAUUAAGUGCUUUUGACCACUAGAGGGCAGAAAGACUUUUAAACACAGUCCGAACAACAUAAUCUCUACAAAGUCCCAGGUUAUCCAGGCUGAUGUUUUAGCAAACAGAUGUUUUUCCUGUUUGCUCAUCAGGCAGACACAGAACAACAUUUAAAUCUCUUGGUGUAUAUUUUCUUGCCACCUGACACAGAGAAAUGCAACAUUUGCAUGUCUUUUAGAUCUUUUUUUCCCAUGUUAGAUGCUAACUUUGGGGUUUUUUAUUGGACAGCUGAUGUUUCCUGCCAGGCAGGUACACUCAGUGUCAAAGUAAUAAUUAAAACAACGAUUACAAAGUGAUCAAAAUGCUAAUAUAGAAAAUAAUCAACACUGCAUUUGACCUGACAGCAGAAGAAUCAUAUUAAAAACUCUAUAAUUAAAUGUUUCAGUCAUUGUUUCUGAAAGAGUUAUUUGCAAAUAUACAAUAUCAGUACUAAGGAGCUUUAUACCCAAGUUUUUGUUCGCAUUGGUGCACCUGUAACAUAUUUUUUAUGAUCACAGUUGUAUU